AUGAACAGAAACAAAGCUUUAAAAAUACAUUCAAGGAGCAGAGAACCACUGAGGAGAGAGGAGGCCCCAGAGGAGGCCCCAGAGGAGGCCCCAGAGGAGAGAGGAGGCCCCAGAGGAGGCCCCAGAGGAGAGAGGAGGCCCCAGAGGAGGCCCCAGAGGAGAGAGGAGGCCCCAGAGGAGGCCCCAGAGGAGAGAGGAGGCCCCAGAGGAGGCCCCAGAGGAGGCCCCAGAGGAGAGAGGAGGCCCCAGAGGAGGCCCCAGAGGAGAGAGGAGGCCCCAGAGGAGGCCCCAGAGGAGGCCCCAGAGGAGAGAGGAGGCCCCAGAGGAGGCCCCAGAGGAGAGAGGAGGCCCCAGAGGAGAGAGGAGGCCCCAGAGGAGGCCCCAGAGGAGAGAGGACCCCCCCAGAUGGAUUUGAUGAAAGGACAUUCCUGGACCAGUCCGACCCGUCACGGCACAGCCGCACAGCGCCGGGCCAGACCCGUCACGGCACAGCCGCACAGCGCCGGGUCAGACCCGUCACGGCACAGCCGCACAGCGCCGGGCCAGACCCGUCACGGCACAGCUGCACAGCGCCGGGUCAGACCCGUCACGGCACAGCCGCACAGCGCCGGGUCAGACCCGUCACGGCACAGCCGCACAGCGCCGGGUCAGACCCGUCACGGCACAGCCGCACAGCGCCGGGCCAGACCCGUCACGGCACAGCCGCACAGCGCCGGGUCAGACCCGUCACGGCACAGCCGCACAGCGCCGGGUCAGACCCGUCACGGCACAGCCGCACAGCGCCGGGCCAGACCCGUCACGGCACAGCCGCACAGCGCCGGGUCAGACCCGUCACGGCACAGCCGCACACAGCGCCGGGCCAGACCCGUCACGGCACAGCCGCACAGCGCCGGGCCAGACCCGUCACGGCACAGCCGCACAGCGCCGGGUCAGACCCGUCACGGCACAGCCGCACAGCGCCGGGUCAGACCCGUCACGGCACAGCCGCACAGCGCCGGGCCAGGGGCCUUUGUCAUGUGUGAAAAAUGUUGA